AUGGGGGGUGUGGGUAAAACCACAAUGGUGAAAGAAAUCAUCAAAAGAUUGACAGGAUUGAAAGUAUUCGAUAAUGUUGUGAUGGCAGUUGUGUCCCAAAGCCCAAGCAUUCGGAAGAUUCAAUCAGAAAUUGCAGACGAGCUGGGAUUUACAUAUGAUGGGGAGGAUAGCGAAAGUGGAAGAGCACUAAGCUCUACAGAAGACUCAAGCAAAUAA